AUGAGUUACAACCAAGGCUACAAUGGCCAGCAGGACGGUCAGGGAUAUAGCGCCUACAACCCCUACGGACAAAGCGGAAACCCGUACACUCAGGGCGAUUACGAUGAGGGCCAAGGAUACAAUGAUAAUUCCGGACAGGAGGGCGGUAGACCACAGGCGCCACAUCAAGGAAGCAGCUACUACGGCGAUGAGGAACAGCGCACUGGUGGAUAUGAAAUGAGGAAUAUGAAUGGCGCCGAUCCGAACAGAAUACUCAAUGAAUGCAGAGCCGUCGAUCAAGCCAUUGACGAGAUUGAAGCGGAUUUGCACCGUCUCAAAGGCCUGCAAUCUCGAUAUUUGGCAGACACAAACACGUCCGCUCAGUCGCCACUGCGCAUCGAAGUCGACCGGACGGGAGAAAAUAUCAUGACCAAAUACCGUGGUCUCGUGAGCCGCGUCAAGAACAUCAAACAACAGCCGGAGUCGGGGAAUCCUCGCAACGCUCCACAAGUCGGCAAAGUCGAUCGAAGGUUGAAAACCGCCAUCAAUCAAUACCAACAGGUCGAGCGAGAAUUCCGGAAGGCGUCACAAGAGCAAAUGUCCCGACAAUACCGGAUCGUUCGCCCAGACGCUUCAGAUGCCGAAGUGCGUGAGGCUGUGGAGGAUCCCAACAAUCAGCAAAUCUUCAGUUCCGCCCUGAUCCAAAGCGACCGCCGUGGCGAGGCACAAACCGUGGCGAGAAACGUUUCUCAGCGCCACGAGGAUAUCCAGAAGAUCGAACGGCAGAUGAUUGAGCUUGCUCAACUUUUCCAGGAUCUUGAGGCAUUGGUGGUGCAACAGGAACCUGCAGUCACUCAAAUCGAACAGAGAGGAGAGGAGGUGACGGAAAAUGUGGCCAAGGCCAACGUCGAGCUUGAAGGCGCAGUGGUCAAGGCCAGGGCUGCCCGGCGGAAGAAGUGGAUAUGCUUGGGCAUAGUUCUCCUCAUCAUCAUCAUCAUCAUUGUGGUGGUUGUCGUUGUCGUUGAGGUUACAAAGAAUUAG